AUUUCCAUCGCUAUAACAAGAGUCUUACUUUGUUACGGAUUAUGAUCCAACAAUUGAAGAUUCCUAUACCAAGCAGUGUGUUAUUGAUGACAGGGCAGCAAGAUUGGAUAUUUUGGACACUGCAGGACAAGAAGAGUUUGGAGCCAUGCGAGAGCAAUACAUGAGGACAGGGGAGGGGUUUCUGCUGGUCUUCUCUGUUACAGAUAGAGGAAGUUUUGAAGAAAUUUACAAGUUCCAAAGACAGAUCCUUCGAGUGAAGGAUCGUGAUGAAUUCCCUAUGAUCCUUGUGGGUAACAAAGCUGACUUGGAACAUCAAAGGCAGAUAACAACUGAGGAAGGGCUACAGCUUGCGAGGCAGCUCAAAGUAACCUACAUGGAGGCUUCAGCUAAAAUCCGCUUGAAUGUAGACCAGGCUUUUCAUGAGCUAGUUCGAGUUAUAAGAAGAUUUCAAGAGCAAGAAUGCCCUCCUUCUCCUGAGCCAUCGCGGAAUGAAAAAGACAGUAGUGGCUGCCACUGUGUUAUAAUUUGAGAUGCUGGCUUGUCUACUCAACAGCUGCCAAACCACCUGCCCCCAUUCAUGCCUUCAAAAACAUUUGUGUCAAUCAAUAUUGCCUCUUUACUGCAUGCUUACUAUUUGGUCGCAGAUUGCCUUAGUCGUCUAAUAAAAAGCUGGCUGUGUUGCCCACUUGAUUGGGGAGGGGGUGAGGGAGAAGUAUUUUGUCACCUCUCAUGUCCUGAGGCAGGUGGUAAAGUUUAAAGAAUAUAAACACUAAGGCUGCUACUUAAAUGUCAGAGUUCCAUUUGUUUCAGGAAUGGGAUUUCUAUUAUUUGUUAGGAAAGAAAAUUCAGAAUGUAGACAAUUGAUUUGAGCUAAUUUGCCUUGAGGUGUUUAAACCGAUGCUUACAUGUCUUGUCCACAGUGCCAUUUAACGUUUAAUGCUAUGAUUAUGCGCUAACCACAUAUUGUACAUAAGGAUCCUUGAUUUCCAAGAAAAACAAGUAUCAAAUGAUUAUAAGUGAAGGGCAACAGGGAAGGGUUGAACUGGUCAUUUCUUCGCCCUGGAUAAAAUACAGAGAAAUAAGCCUUAAAUAACACUUUGUUGGUGAGAGUCUGAAUUUCAUGUAAUGCUGCAGUUUGUUCCAGUGGCCAAAUCCAGUCAGUCUACUGUAUUUAUUUUAACCAUCUGGAGAUAUUAUCGGGAAUCAAUGAAGCCAAACACCUGAGAUCUCACUGGGUGUAAACAUUUGAGAUUUUUUAAAGACUAAUUUUGCAUCAUUGUUGAGGAGUUCCAAGUCUUCUCUUUGUCUUCCUUUGAUGUGAUUGUAUUUCGGGAUAAGGGAUUCAAAGUGCUGAAGUGUAGUUGUUUUUCCUCAUGUAAUAUAAAGAGAUGGAAUUGAUUCUUCCACUGAUGAAGAUGAUUAAAUGUUUUGCUAUAUACUUUUAUACAUUAUUUUCUUAUCAAACUAGUUAACAAGUAUUUUUAUAUGUUUGUAAACAAAUAUGCUUUCACGGCAUAACUUGUGUAUAUGUAAAGAUGAGUAUUUAAAUCUCACAUUUCACUUUUAACUGACAAACUUUUAGGUAUAAUUUACAGAACUGUGGUAAUACUUUCCUAAUCUCCUCACGGCAGCUGGGUGCACCUAGUUGUAUCAGGUCAUGUGCCUGCAAAGUGUACCCACAUAAACUUUAGCAUGCUCUGACCAACCAUUUCAGAAGGUGGAUACAUUUUGUAAAAGUCCAGAAUCUGAGAGACUCCUGCUGAUAUUUUUUGGGUUUGACUGUGAAUGGUCUCUGAGUACAAGUUCAGCGGAUUAAUAACUUGGUUUGAGAUUUGUCCUUUGAGUUCGAUCGCUGAAAAGAUGUACACAACAAUCCUGAUACUGCCUCUACAUCAGCUCCUUGAAGUUUGAUCUGACUACACCCUUGUAUAGCUUCUGGUGCUCGAAUAAAGGAUGAUUAAUUUA